AUGCGCGAAAGAAUAACAUUUCUCUUGAACCCAAGUGAUCCAUUUGAUCCUCAAUCUAUCUCUGUAAAUCAUACUUCAAUUUCCUCGGUAGGUGCAGUUACCGCAGCUAAAGAAGUCAAAAUAAAAUUUGAGUUCAAGGAGCUACCUGAAGAACUUCAACGGGUUUUGAAGGUUAGCCGCGAGCUGCAUGUAAGAUGGGUAGCGGAAAAAGAAUACGAGAGUGUCAGCCCUCUAGUCUCAAGGCUUAGUCCAGGUCUCCAUGUCCUCUACGCUCCUAGAUCAGAUGUUGAAUCCUCAAAACUUCUCUGCACGAUAUUGAAGGAGGCCUUUGGGCCAAUAGAUUGUAUAUCUCCUCAAAGGUCCUUCACACCACUUUACAAGGAAACUUCAUAUCUAGAUACACAUUUGCUUCAGUUCUACUCUCCGCUUUCUUCCAUCGCAAAAUUUGAAGAAUACUUGCAAAACAUAGUCUGCUCCCGUCUACCUCCGUCUUUCUCAGAAGAAUGUUCUAAGCGACUAUCAUCAUUGAUAUCAGCUACGUACUUAGAUAUUUCGUUUACUGGCUCAUCGCAAAGCUUGUCUAUCUCUAGCUUUGCACCUACUAGUGCUAAGAGUCUAUUUCUCCAAUUCUCCGAAGAACUUUCUAUCAAAUAUAAAACUCGGCACGAAAUUGGAUUCCUGACGUCAUCUAAAGCCAACAAGCCCGAAGAUAUCUCUAUCUCAGGAUUUCUCACUGUUAUUGGGGAUAAUAAAAAACUUAACCCUACUCUCUUUUCGCUCACUUCACGACACCACUCAUCAAAUGUAAAUUUUAGUGCGCGCUUCCUUGGGCCCAGCGGAAUGCACCCAACACUCGAGUUAAGGAUAUCAGAUACAAGAGUCCCACAUGACUUUCAGGCUUGUAGAGCCCAUGUACUUCUAACACUUCCUCAAUCAAUUUUUGUGGAUAAAUACCAGUUAUCGGACCCAUUAUUCCUUCAAAAUAAGAAUUUAUCAGCUCUCCGUCGUAUCACCGAUGAUAUUGACUUGGAAGCACCUGCUUAUAAUUUGCCUACCUGGGGCUCUUCUGUACUAAUUGAACUUGCCACACCUGAAGAUAACACUAACCAUAACCAGCCUCUUGACUGGACAGCACAAAUCCCCAUGCAUCUCCGAUAUCUAAUGCCAUCGUCAAAUAGUAGUGGUCUUCGGGACAUAGAAGUACCAUAUCCUGUAGUAUUCUGGGCUUGCAAUAGCGGAUAUACUUUAAAAUUUUCUAAUAAUCCUUUUGAUCGGCCAUUACUUGGCUAUGAAAAUUCGUUCGGAGAGAAAUAUAUAUUUUAUCACCUAAAUCCUAAAUCUAUAUAUGAAGAUAGAAGACUAGUUAAUAAGCUUCAAGUACCAGUCUUAGACCUAGAUCAAGACUAUAACAUUAAAGCGAUGACUUAUUUAGCUGUAGGGAUAGGUUUCAUGUGGGUCAUGCAUUGCUUGUUGAGGGUUGAGAUGAAGUCAAGGUACAGCCCGAAUAGGAAAUCUGUUGUCAAAAAACAGGAAAAAUUGCAAUGA